GAGCUGAUAAGGUCCACCAGGAAGGUCCCCAUCGUGCUAGAUUCGCCCGAUGAUUGGUGGAACUGGGACUCUCAUAUAAAAGGCAUAGCGAUGAGCUAUGGAGUGAAAGAGAUCUUGCUUGGAGAAACACCACGCCCAUUAAAGCCAAUUCACCCUGAUGAUUCAGAGAAUACGCAAGCGAACCAAUCAUAUGAUUGUCAAGUCAACAGCUGGAAGAGAUGAUAUAAGGAAUGGAAGGAGGCAGAGCAAGGCCUAGCAGCUAUCUGGCGAGAGAUGGAGCAGACAGUCGCGCAGAAGCAUCUCAGGCAGCUUACUAACAAAUCAGAUUACACCAUUGAGAGAUAUUCGAAGCUGAAGGCCAAGCUGGAACCGAAGAAGGAAGAUCAGAUAUCGCGCAUUAUAGCAAGAUAUAACCGACUCCUAUUGAAGCCAGCCAAUCAGAACGUCGAGAUGUGGCUAGGCGAAUGGGAAGAUGUGAUAAGCAAAUGCAA